AUGGAUUACUGGAGGAGGAGAAGAGGUUACGACAGGAUAAACACAUCAAAUACUAGGAGGAAGAACGCCGCCGCGGGGGCGGCGGCAAUAGAUACAGCUGGAGCCAAAAGCGGCGCCCGGAAGAAUCAGCGCCGGCGGUUCUUCAAGUUUGCACGCUGCAAGAAGGCGAAGCUCCGGUUGAUCUCGCCCAACAAGUUGCUCCCAACCCUACGAGAUGCCUACGUCAACAUGAUGCUGCGGAUCGCUAAUUACUCCAGGGUGGGCGGCGCCGCCGCGACUUCCUUCGGAAACCGCCCUCUCAAGGAGUACGACAACAGGAUGCUCCUCCACAUCUACACCUCCUCCGUUCCUUCUCCUUGA